AUGCCUUCUAGUUCAAGUUCAAGCUCAAGGAGCUCGGAUUCUAAAAAUCCAAACCCCCGUUCACAAGUUCGACAAAUGGUUCGUAAUUGGGUCAUGGCAAUGCCACUUCGCAAUGAAAUUGUAGCUGAAGCAGUUACUGAGCUCACUAGAAGGGGUUCAACUUCUCGAAGGCAAAGGAAGAAUCGUUCUCCCAAUCGACCAAGAGAUCUUGUUGCUGGUCACAAUCGCUUGUUCUUAGAUUAUUUUGCUGAGAAUCCUGUAUAUACUAAUGAUCAAUUUCGACGAAGGUUUAGAAUGAGAAGGUCGUUAUUUCUUCAUAUAGUUGACAGAGUCCAACAACGUGAUCCAUGGUUCCAACAAAAAUAUGAUGUAGUUGGUAAGCCCGGUUUUUCACCAUUACAAAAAUGCACUGCAGCUAUGAGAUUGUUGGCAUAUGGAGUAGCAACUGACCAAAUUGAUGAGUACGUUAGAAUUAGUGAGAAAAGCUCACUCAAUGCCUUACGUAGAUUUGUUGAUGUUAUAAUUGCCGAGUUUCAAGACGCGUAUUUGAGAAAACCAAAUCAAGAUGACUUACAAAGGCUACUGCACAUUGGAGAGGUGCGUGGAUUCCCAAGCAUGUUGGGAAGUAUAGAUUGUAUGCAUUGGGAGUGGAAAAAUUGUCCUACUGCUUGGCAAGGACAAUUUCAAGGUCGAGAUGGUAAAGCUACAAUCAUAUUAGAAGGAGUUGCAUCAGCAGAUUUAUGGAUAUGA